AUGGAAAAAUCUCGAUCCCCCUCGCAAGGUCAGCGCGGCGCGCCAAUCUCUCCCCCAAAGACGAGAAGCGCAAGUGCAGACAACAGUGUCGCAGCAUUGGUCGAAGAUUGGAGAGCAUACACACAGAAGAUCCGAUCACAGUUCGAUGGCGAGAAGGCGCAUAUGAUUGCGGAUAGAGCACGCGCAGAUGAGGUCAUGGCAGAGGAGAGGCAGCUCUAUGAACAAGAAAUCGCCAUAUUGAAGGCGAGAAUCAAGCAAUUGGAGACGGCCGCCGCAGAAAAUAGCACCGAAAAUAUCACACAUCAAUCCCGGGAACAACAAUCUUCGUCCAAAUCGCCAACAUCUACCAGCCCAUCAACGAAAGCACCGCCGGUCGGAAGUGGAGAAAGCAGUUCUCGGGGAAUUCCACAGGAGUCUGGAAGAAACGCGGAUGGCACGCCCUUCUAUGCCCCAGCCCCAAGAAAUCCUAGUCGGUCAUUCAGCACAACAUCCGAGGAGCGAAUUGAUUCGAUGAUCAGUUCGAGCGAAGAUGUGAUUCGUGUGGCCCAUAAAGAGCUGCGAUCCUCGGAUUUCGGGGUUCAGUCACCGCUUCACGGUCACGAACCUAACACCAGACCCGAAUCACAUUACGAGUCAAUUGACAUUUCAUACAUUCAACCUGAGUUGGAAGGUGUCUCCAUCAAAGCCUCAGCUGUCAAUCCUGUCUUGGUCGCCAAAAUAUUGAGCCCAGGUCGCUCACCUGCAACCGUAUCUCCCAAUCUCAAUCCACCCAGACAAGAGAAAGCUGGCGAAAGCCCACCCCACCGAAAGAGCCUCAGUUCUGAAGAAAAAGCAAAGAUGACCCUUCAGAUUGCAGGCCAACCUGAGAACAUGAGAUUAAAGAUGCAUGCAGGUCACACACCUUCUCAUUCCAUCUCCAAGUUCGAAGAUUUAGCAGGUGUUCGCGAAGUAAGUGAAGCUGCGACGCCGACUCAAGGACAACAUUCCGAAGCUCACCGUCUUGCAAGUACUACCUUCGGGGAUGAUGGGGCGGGCGAUCCAGAGGAGGACAAUGGAGACAGAGAAUUGACAGGUCCCCUGACACUCACCAACGGAACAGCAGCAGAUGAUUAUUUCCUAGCCCAGCUCGACUCCAAACUGGAAGCGGCUUCCAAGAGCGGAAAUGUAAGCCCUUCCGAGUCUGGAGUCAGUCUAUCAAGCACCACUCGCUCACGAGAAAUUAGUCACGAUGAAGAGUACCUAGCUGAGAAAGACGAUGGGCCACGACUACGAAUAAAACCCAGUCUCAACUUUGGAGCGCCAAUGGGUCGAUUAUAG